GCACUCCCAACAAGCACAAUAGGCGGCAGCCACAAAUCCAGACAUGGUGCGUGCGCCAUGAGAAAGGCUCCCCAUGUGGCGAGGGCCUGCCAGAAACGGAUUCCGACGCGGACAUAAGUGAGGCAGGCCGCUCUCAAGACCUCUCCUCCCUCACCAGGAAGGAUCACAGGGGACUCCUGCAGGAGAUCAAGGAUAACAUGGCAGUAGAAUUCUCUAAACACCUAGCCCCUAUAAGAGAGGGCCUGGAGGACCGAACCAAACGCACACUAGCAGUUGAAGAAAAAAUGGAGGACCUCUCCACCACAACCUCCACACAUGACAGGGCUCUACAAGAACUCAGAGA